AUGUCGCAAGGGGAGCGGGCGACGAAACGAGUGGCCGACCAGCAGCGACGCCGCCGUGAGCAGCGUGAGAGCAAGGAAUCACAGCCAGCAUCGAUCACCUUUGACGCUGCGGUGGCAAAGGUCGCGUCGGAGGCAGCUCUCGGCGUGGCGGAGGUUGAGGAUUUCCGCGACUGGCUGCUCGACCCACAGCAAGCUGGACAGCCGAUCGACGGUGAACGCAUCACCGAGUGGCGCGCCUCCGAAGCGUACGAGCGCGCCCGGCUCGAGUGCAUGGACGGUUGCAUGUGCGAGGGUGCGUGCACGUGCACCUACGCUGGCGUAGGCAUCGCCCCAGACGUGCCUGGAGUUACCUGCGACUACCUCGACGAGGCGCUUUUGGAGCCGCGCGCCAACGACGGGCAGCCGCGUCAGGAGCGCGCGCUGGAGCUGCAGGGGCGCAUCUCCUUAUUUUACGGCCGGCCUUGGGACGAGGAGCGUGCGCGGUGGUUCCGCGACCACGGCGGUGGCGGCGAGCUGGAGGGCUCGACGCGAAAGCAGAACGAGGCAUUCCAGCGUUUGAAGGACCGCCUCUUUAGCCUUCCCCGCGACCGCGCGAACCCGUCGGGCACACCGCGUGCCUCGCAACGCCGGGCGUCGGGCGCCGGAUCAAGCACCGACCCCCUGCGCCUCUCGACCGAGUGCACACUCGAGCGCUCUGCCUACUGUAGCGGCAUUACGGAUGGAAUCCCGCUCUGCGCUUGCCUGUGCCGCCACCUCUCUGCCACCUACACUCGCUCUUGCGUCGGCACGCUCGCCAUGUUUAUGCAGACCUGGCAUCACGAGGCUGGGAAUAUCGCGGACAGGGGGCUGGGACCCCCUCCCACCGCCUGGGCCCUCGGCGUCGCGCUGGUCUCCUCUGUCUUUCUCACCGGCGCCAUCUCGGUGGUUUACUGGUACGCGAGGGCGACGGCAGCGGCGAGCUCCCGGGCGGUGUCGACCACGCCGCGGCGCGAGAUCGCUUUUUACGAGGCCGACGCGCCGUCCGACGGCGCCGCCAUCACCGACGACGUCGGCAGCGUCGGCUUCAUGGUAGCGAUGAACCCUGGCGAGCACAACCCCGCGAUCGCGGUGCCUGUGAAGAAGUCUGGCGAGGCCGGCGCCACGCUCCUGUGA